AUGGCCAAAGAGACUGCAAAUAUGCCUGACAAUAACAUUGCUGUUUUAACAAAUGACAGAGUUGCUGCUUUAAUAACCGAGAGCACAAAAGCAGCAUCUAACCAGGAGGUUUCAGCGACAUCAUCAACCGUUACUAAUGCCAACAAGGAGGCACUGCAGACUACUGAGCCUAAUUGGACAGACCGCAGUAAGAAUGGUGUGCACAUCUUUUUGGAAGCGUACAUGCAGCAGGGGGAAAAUGAAAAGGAAAGCCUCCCAGAAGAACAACAACGGGAUAACUUUAAAGAAAAUGUGGCAGCAGAGCAGCAGCCAUUAGUUUUGAAUAUUUCCACAAAAAUGUUGUCAGUGGCUGAAGAGAGACUUUCAAAUAGAGGCAUGACAUUUAUACCUUCAAGCACAAUGACUAUUACUGAAAAUAUAAUUGAAUUGAAGACUUUCACAUGUAAUAUUAUGUUAAAAUGCAUGUUUAAUUCUCAACAGGAUGCAAAACAGAAUAAUGUUAUGUUUCACAAAAAAAGUUGUUUUAUACCCAAAAAUAAUGCCACAAUAGAAAGCUUUGAAAAAAUAUGUGAAAAGGAAAUCUAUAAAUUAUAUGAUAAUAGAGUGGCUGGGAAAAAGUUUAACUUGGAUACUGAAGAAAGUGAAGCAUUAAGAAAUCUUCAGCAGGAUAUGCAACUAAUAAUUAGGCCUGCUGACAAAGGAGGUCCAUUAGUUGUUAUGGACAGAAGUUAUUAUAAACAAACAACGGAAGCUAUGUUGAAUUAUGUGAAUACCCCACGUUCCAUAUGCAGUGAGAGUUGUUCUUAUGGAUACAGAAAGGUAGUUCAACUAGGUCAACCGUCCUGCUGCUAUGACUGUGUCCAGUGCUCCAUUGGGGAAAUCACUAAUGAAACAGAUUUAUCAGAGUGCCUUAAAUGCCCAGAAGAUCAUUGGUCCAAUGAACGUCAGAAUAAAUGCAUUCCAAAAGCUAUUGAGUUCCUGUCAUAUGAAGAACCGCUGGGCGCGACACUGGCUGGCAUAGCAAUUUCCUUAACUAUUAUCACUGCCUUCAUCAUUUGUGUUUUCACACGAUAUCAUGAUACACCUAUUGUCAAAGCCAACAAUCAUGCACUCAGUUUUCUGCUAUUAGUAGCUUUAAUGUUUUGUUUCCUUUCUUCCUUGAUGUUCAUAGGCCGUCCCAUGAGGCUGACUUGCAUGAUUCGGCAACCUACAUUUGGGAUCAUUUUUACUCUCUGUGCUUCUUGUGUACUGUCCAAGACUGUUAUAGUAGUAAUUGCAUUUAAUGCCACAAUGCCAGGAAGUAAGUUAAGGGCGUGGCUGGGUUUUCCACUGCCUACCGGUAUCAUUUGCUCAACUUUUCUUAUCCAAGUUAUUAUCUGUAUCAUUUGGUUGUGCAAUUCCCCACCCUACCGACAACAAAAUAUGCAGUCUAAAAGGGGUGUGAUAAUAAUAGAAUGCAAUGAGGGGUCAACCCUUGCAUUCUGGUGCAUGCUGGGAUACAUGGGCCUUCUUGCAACUGUUAGUUUCAUUGUUGCUUUCCUGGCAAGGAACCUACCCGGCAGCUUUAAUGAAGCAAAAUUUAUCACUUUUAGUAUGGUUGUAUUUGUCAGUGUCUGGCUUUCGUUUAUCCCAGCAUUCCUUAGUACACAAGGUAAGCUUAUGAUUGCUGUGGAGAUAUUUGCGAUCUUGUCAUCUAGUUUAGGAUUACUGAUCUGUAUUUUUUCUCCAAAGUGCUACAUAAUUUUUAUGAAGCCUGAGAAAAAUACAAAAGAGUAUCUAAUGGGUAAAAACAAGUGA